AGUGCGCAGUCUCUCUUCUCCAUUCCCCUGUUGUUCUUUCCACCCCUCUCCGAUACUUCCUGCUUCUUUCACACUGUGAAAAUUAGUAUAACUGAAGUCUGUCAAUCCGGUAAAUUCUCCAGUUAUCUUGGCAACCUGCUACAGAGAUCAAAAUGGCUGACCGCACCGUUCCUCAUGCUUAUCCAAUGAGUAUGGAUUAUGAGAUGUGUACUCCUCCUCGAAUCUAUGAUCAGAACUUUGCAGAGGCACUGAGUCCCAAGGACCUGCUGGCCCCUGUCCUGUACCAUGGUUAUUACAUUCGUCCCCGCAUCAACAAGCAGCUCGAGAGGGGCUUCUCUCAGGUAGACAGUGAAGAUGACUGGUAUCGAGUUUUGCUGGACGUGUGCCAGUUUACACCGGAUGAAAUCAGUGUGCGAACUGUGGACAACCUGUUGGAGGUGACUGGGCGUCAUGCUCAGCGAAUGGACCAGCAUGGCUUUGUGAGCCGUGAGUUUACCCGCACAUAUAUCUUGCCAAUGGGUGUGGAUCCGUUGCUGGUGCAGGUGUCUAUCUCACAUGAUGGGAUACUGUGUAUCCAGGCACCACGAAAGACUGAGGACCUGGAGCCUAAAAUCAACCAGCUCAAGAUUAAAGUGGACAAGAAGGAAAGCAAAAGUUAAUGAAGUGGAUUGAUAUAAGCAGGCCCACAUGGAAUCCCACAUGGAAAGUCCACAACAUAUUGUAGGAUGUGUGGCCAUGUGUGUAUUUUUGCUAGAUAAAUUAUGUUUUGUAAUAAACUUUUCUAUAUAGCUAGCAAGUAUUUAAAA